AUGGACGGGGUGGGGGGCCGGAAGAUGGACGGGGUGGGGGGCCGGAAGAAGGACGGGGUGGGGGGCCGGAAGAAGGACGGGGUGGGGGGCCGGAAGAAGGACGGGGUGGGGGGCCGGAAGACGGACGGGGUGGGGGGCCGGAAGACGGACGGAGUGGGGGGCCGGAAGACGGACGGAGUGGGGGGCCGGAAGACGGACGGAGUGGGGGGCCGGAAGACGGACGGAGUGGGGGGCCGGAAGACGGACGGAGUGGGGGGCCGGAAGACGGACGGAGUGGGGGGCCGGAAGACGGACGGAGUGGGGGGCCGGAAGACGGACGGAGUGGGGGGCCGGAAGACGGACGGAGUGGGGGGCCGGAAGACGGACGGAGUGGGGGGCCGGAAGACGGACGGAGUGGGGGGCCGGAAGACGGACGGAGUGGGGGGCCGGAAGACGGACGGAGUGGGGGGCCAGAAGACGGACGGAGUGGGGGGCCAGAAGACGGACGGAGUGGGGGGCCAGAAGACGGACGGAGUGGGGGGCCAGAAGACGGACGGAGUGGGGGGCCAGAAGACGGACGGAGUGGGGGGCCAGAAGACGGACGGAGUGGGGGGCCAGAAGACGGACGGAGUGGGGGGCCAGAAGACGGACGGAGUGGGGGGCCAGAAGACGGACGGAGUGGGGGGCCAGAAGACGGACGGAGUGGGGGGCCAGAAGACGGACGGAGUGGGGGGCCAGAAGACGGACGGAGUGGGGGGCCAGAAGACGGACGGAGUGGGGGGCCAGAAGACGGACGGAGUGGGGGGCCAGAAGACGGACGGAGUGGGGGGCCAGAAGACGGACGGAGUGGGGGGCCAGAAGACGGACGGAGUGGGGGGCCAGAAGACGGACGGAGUGGGGGGCCAGAAGACGGACGGAGUGGGGGGCCAGAAGACGGACGGAGUGGGGGGCCAGAAGACGGACGGAGUGGGGGGCCAGAAGACGGACGGAGUGGGGGGCCAGAAGACGGACGGAGUGGGGGGCCAGAAGACGGACGGAGUGGGGGGCCAGAAGACGGACGGAGUGGGGGGCCAGAAGACGGACGGAGUGGGGGGCCAGAAGACGGACGGAGUGGGGGGCCAGAAGAUGGACGGAGUGGGGGGCCAGAAGAUGGACGGAGUGGGGGGCCAGAAGAUGGACGAGUGGUGGGGGCGAAGGUGGAGGAAUGGGAGGGCCUGA